AUGUGUCGUUCGCGUUGUUUAAUCAGACGCGACAACAGCCCAUGCGCUGCUCGUGCCGACUCGACUCUGACGCUCGUUCGUGCCAUUCUACAUUAUCACGCUCACCGAGCUCACGCUCUGCCGGUGGCAUUCCACGAGCAGCAACUCCUUCGGAACGUCGCACAAAACGACCAUAAAACCUUCUCCGAAGCAUCCUUCCAGGACGUCAUCGACCCAAACGUUAUGACGUCCACAGAGUACCAGGCCGCCCACCCGCGGCUUUCCAAAUCGGAGCCUGACCCAGAUCUGGCGGUGUCCGCCGAGUUCCCACCGCAGGUAAAGUCCCAUCCGCCUAGCUUCCGCGAGUCCAUCGCGCAGCGAAGCCCCAGCGCGCUGAUUGCGUACGUCAGACGCGCCAGCAUCGCCACCUUCAAGCACGAACCCACCGAGACCGAAACCGACGCGUCCAAACAGGCCAAAUACCAUUCCCUCGUCCUCGGGAUCCUGCUCUCCAUCGCUUCCAGUGCCGUCCUUUCACUCGUCAACGUGAUCAUCAAGCGCCUGCCGGCCGUCAGCACCCUGGAGGUCCUCACCUUCAUGGCGUUCGGCAUCUUCAUCGGCAUCCUUCCAGCAGCUACCGACGACACGGAGCCCUUCGGCUCCCGCCGCGCCCAACCUCUGCUCUUUGUGCGCACGGUGCUGUCGCUGUGCGCCGCCAUCCUUCGCCUGCUCAGUCUGUCUCGCCUGUCUGUGGCCGACGCGUCCAUUGUGGCCAGCCUGACGCCGCUGAUGGUGUCCCUGAUGGCGUUCAUGUUCCUCUCGGAGCCCUUCCACUGGACGCAAGGCGUGGCGGUCACCUGCUCCAUCCUGGGUGUCACAUUCGUGGUUAAACCGCCAUUCCUGUCCGGCGGCACGUCCUUCACCAUCGACCAGUACAUCGGCAUCGCGUACGGGCUCGGUCACACGGUGCUGAACGGCGUGACCACCGUCUGCAUCCGCGCUAUCAAGGGCGUGUCCAGGAAGGUAGUGGUCUUCCACUACGGCUGCUUGUCCAUGCUCCUUAUCUCCGUAAUAUCCGUAGUCACCGGCCAGAUGAAGAUCUUCUACGAGGGUUCCCAGAUCGGCUAUUUGCUGCUCAUCUCGCACCUGACCUUCGCCACGCAGAUGUUCUUGACCAAGGCGCUGCAGGUGGAGAGCGCCUCCGUGGUGGUCAUCAUCAAGACGGCGUCGGACGUCAUCUUCAGCUUCCUCAUGCAGGCAACGUUCCUCAGCCUUUGGCCGGACUCCUUCAGUGUCCUCGGCGGAGGUUUCGUGGUUGGAGGCGUCGCUCUCAUAGGCUUCAGGAAGGUCGUCGCGGCCGCGCUGCCCGACUCGCCUGUUAGAACGCGCUUUAAAUUCCUCCUCUAG